AUGAGGUAUAUAGCUGUACUACUUGCUUGCUAUCUUGCGUUUGCCUAUGGGUAUAAGGCUGAAUACCAAACUGAAAAGAUACCGCAGGAUUACAAAACGUUAGUUGAAUAUGCUCAUAUUGCAGCCAUUGCUUACUGCCUUGAGAAAGAAUCAAGCCCCGGAAUUUUUGGGGAUGAUGAUUCCAAUUGCUUGCUAGAAAUUUGUAAGACAAAGCCUUAUGAAAGUUUAGCAAUUAAAGGUAGGUUUAAAUUCAAUACUUGGGGUGAAGCAUGUUCUGGCUACUAUGCCAUAGAUCAUGAAACGAAGAGAAUACUCUUGGUAUUUAGAGGCACGGCAUCUAGAAGAGAUUGGUUACGGAAUAUGGAUAUAUUUCCAGUUGAAUAUAUUCCAAUAUUUAAUAAUGGCAUUCCCCUGACAGAUACCGUGCAAAAUAUUGAUUGUGAUAACUGCAAAGUACAUCGAGGGUACUACAAGGUUUUGAAGAAGCAUUGCGGUUCAAUUAUUCAAGGCGUAUUAGCUUUGCAUGAUGAACAUUUAGAUUAUAAAUUGGUCGUAGUUGGUCAUUCUUUAGGCGGGGCUUUAGCAGUAUUAAGCGGCGUUGAGUUACGGUUGAUGGGCUAUGAUCCAUUGGUUGUUUCAUAUGCAAGUCCUAAAGUGGGAAACAAGGAUAUGGCGGAAUACAUUGAUAGAAUUUUCAGCACUUCUGAGGUUGCAGAGUAUAUCUGUGAAAAUAGGGAUUUUGAAACAGGAUAUAUCAGGGUUGUUCAUAAAGGUGAUAUGAUACCCAAGUUACCACCAACCUCGAUUUAUCAACAUUGUGGUUUUGAAUAUACCAUUAAUAAAAAAUACUUUCCACAUAAAUCGGAUGAUAUUGAGCCAAAAGGUAUGUCAAGUUUAGAUGACCAGUAUAUUGAGGGCCAGGUAAGUAUUGCAAAAUUCAAUUACAACAAAUUGUGGUCGGAUAAUGUUGGCAAAUAUGAACAUAAUAAUUAUUUUAUAGGUAUUACAAAGUGUCAGAUAUAG